AUGGGUAUUCCACUUCUUGUUCGCAAGCAUGGAUUUUUCCGAAUGAGCUGGCUACAAUCUCAUGAGAUACCCGGCCCCUUCUCCAAUUGUACUCCUAUCUUCCUCAAUCGAGCUUGCGAUCCCGAUGACAGUGGCUUUGGCUUUGCAAAUCUAGUUGAGUGGGACAAGAUCAUCGGUACGGUGCUCGUUGUUCGUCAAGACAAAAAACCCAUCACAGCACAACAAGUAGAAGCUCUUUGUUUAUUCUGCUGCGACUAUUGGGCAGAACACAUUGAAGAGACAUUACCUGCCUACGACCCUGACGAUGAUGAGUAUAAACUUAGCGGUGAUGAGAAUGAGGAAAGAGAUAACAGUGACAAGGACGUUAUUGAAAAAAGAGUGAAACUUGUACAUAAGGAAUUUAUCAGAAACCACAUCAACCAAGAGAAGUUUGAGGAGUUCUUUGAGCAAAUGAAACAGAAGAACGUUCAGGAAGGAGAUACUGCUUGGGCUGAUGCUGUAUCCCCCUAUACAGUUUAG